AUGGAAGAAUUCCCCCUUGAUGUAAUUCGCAACUUCUCCAUCAUCGCUCACAUUGACCAUGGCAAAUCCACACUCGCGGACCGGUGCGCAUUUUGCCUCACAGGAACAAUUAAGAAGAAGGAAACAGGAAAGAAUGAGCAAGUACUCGACAAAUUGAAAGUCGAAAGAGAACGCGGUAUCACAGUUUAUGACAAGCAUUCAGCACGUUAUGCUCAUUCAUUCUCUAUUAGUAUGGUGCAUUCAAGUAACGGAAAAUCGCAUCUUUUGAACUUGAUUGACACUCCUGGACACGUCGAUUUUGCCUGGGAAGUGAGCCGCUCCCUUGCCGCUUGCCAAGGCGCAUUGCUGCUAGUAGAUGCAAGCCAAGGCGUACAAGCUCAAUCUAUCUCUGUCUUCCACAUUGCAAAAGAAAGAGGACUCACGAUCAUACCUGUGUUGAAUAAGAUUGACCUUCCUGCCGCACAACCUGAACGCAUUGCUGCUCAAAUGCAAUCUACCUUUGGGAUAAAUCCGGCCGACAUCUUGUCUAUAUCUGCAAAGACAGGAAAGGGCGUCGAAUCUGUUCUUCAAGCAGUCAUUGACCGUAUCCCGGCUCCUCAGAGUGAUAGAGAUGCACCUGCGAAGGCCUUUCUCUUCGACUCUCUCUAUGAUCGCUAUCGAGGUGUGAUAUCGCUGGUGAAUAUUCAGAACGGUAUACUGCGCAAAGGUGAUAAAAUCGCAUCUUGCCAUACGAGGAAGAAAUACGAAAUUGCGGAAAUUGGGAUCAUGUACCCAGAAGAAGUAUCGACAGAUAUACUUUGCCCUGGUCAAGUGGGUUAUAUUGCAUGCAAUAUGAAGGAAUCAUCUGAAGCUCAUAUCGGUGAUACUUUACAUCGUGUCGGUGAACCCGUACCACCUAUGCCUGGAUUCAAACCCUCGAAAGCCAUGGUCUACGCUGGUAUAUUCCCUGUGGAUAGCAGUGAUUUUCCAAAACUUGAAGAAUCAAUAAAAAGGCUUACUCUUACUGACAGAAGUGUGACUUUUCAACGAGAGUCGUCCUCCGCGCUAGGACAGGGCACUCGAUUGGGCUUUCUAGGUACGCUACACAUGGACGUAUUUCGACAGCGCCUCGAGGAUGAAUACGAUGCCAACAUCAUUAUAACUGCACCAACUGUUCCAUAUAAAGUCUUGUACAGAGACGGCACGGAGAAGUUUAUCAGCAAUCCGACUGAAUUUCCGGAUAUGAGUGACAGUACCACCAAGGUAUCCGAAAUCCAAGAGCCAAUAGUCAAAGCGUCUAUCAUCGUUCCCGAAGAGUAUUUUGGGGAUAUGAUGGAACUAUGCUAUUCACGCCGAGCGGAAGAGUUAGAUCAUCGAUACCUCGACGCUGGUUCUGAUGCAUCUUCAUCCCGUAUCAUUCUGACUUGUGUCAUUCCUCUCAGUGAGAUUGUAACGGACUUUUUUGAUCAACUUAAGAGUCGGAGCUCUGGAUUUGCCAGUUUCGAUUAUGAAGAUGCAGGCUACCAGAAAAGUGAUUUAGCAAAGAUGGUCUUUCUACUCAAUGGAAAACCAGUUGAUGCGCUGGCCCUCAUCGUUCACCGCUCCGCCCAGGACACGAUAGGGCGAGCUUGGGUCAAGAAAUUACACAAGGUUAUCCCUCGUCAGCUAUUCGAAGUCCCCAUACAAGCAGCAAUAGGCAAAAAGGUUAUUGCCCGUGAGACCUUAUCUGCAAAUCGUGCAGAUGUGACGGCGGGGCUUUAUGGAGGACACUAUGAACGAAAGCUGAAGCAUCUGGAAAAUCAAAAAGAGGGUAAGAAGAGGUUAAAACGGAUUGGUACUGUAGACUUGCCUCAAGAAGCGUUCUUCGACAUCCUCAAACGGUGA